GGGUAGGUUAGAUUGAUUAGAUGGAUGGAGUGAUGCUGGGAGGUGAUGCUGGAAGCAGGAAUUUUGGUGAUUGCUGGAUGCAGUUCACGGCCUGGUGAGAGUGGCGAUGGUAGUAGAUCAAUGAUUGAUUUGUAGGGCUUGGAGCAGGUUUAGAUGACAAUUCAUGUUUCUGUUCUUGGGAAUUCAAGUCUCAAGCCGGUGAUGGUGACACAUUUUGAUUCUCAAACUUGUUCCCUGAACAAGAACUGAGUUGAGAGCGGACAAAGGGACCCGAAACACCGAAAACCAAAACUUGGAUUUCCAACCCAUUACGCCUUGAUUCGCAGCCCUGCCAUGCCCUCUCUGAUCUAAUCUUGUCUUCUCUUAUCCUCCAUCUUCAUACGGUGCGGUAUGCUGUCCGUACUCCGUCAAUCAGUGCCUCGCUCUGCUUGCCCGAGCAUCAGCUCAAUUGCUUCGGGACUUAUAGCGAGCACUUGGUAAUACUAGCCACAACUAUGGAUCUGAUGCUCUAAUUAGAGGCUAAACGGGACUGGAGAAUUUAUGAGCAAGGCCAACGACUACACAAAACCCCUGCCGCCAUGAGCCCUGGAGCCGCCCAGUACAGCGCGCGAAGAAGCCUGGAAGGCAAAGAGAAACGGGGAGUUCCCCACCUCCGAAACCGCGGCAAGCCACAUAGACAGCAAUCUGCAGCGUCAAACCACCAAAAAAAGACACUGGGCCGCAGGCAAAUCAUAUCGCCCCCCCCCCUCUGAGGAAUGACGAGAUAAACACCUUUUUUUUCUGCCUAGAUCACGGCGUUUGUUAUCACAAAGUCUCCGGAUGCGCGACACGGAGGCUCCAGGCCCGGCAGCGCCCCAGACAGGCCCGGCGGGUGAGAGCCAGCAGCGGCAGCAGCAGCAGCAGCAGCAGCUGUGGAAUCAUGCCGAGCCUCCACCGCGUGCUGGCCUCUCGCUGUCCGUGGCCGAGGACGAUGCAAACUCGGCGUCGAGCCACGACGAGGGCUCCAGCGCGGAUGAGACGACGCCGGCGGUAGCCUCGUCGGAGCAGAAUGGCGCGGGCGCGACCAAGAAGCGCAAGAGGACCAAGUACCAGAAGACGUCAUGCGAGCUCUGCAAGGCGCGCAAAGUCAAGUGUGACCGCGCCGAGCCCGCCUGCUCGUGGUGCGCGCGGCAUAACCGGACCUGCGUCUAUCUCGAGAGGCAGAAGCCGGGCAGCCGCAUCGGCUUCAGCCUGGAGCUCGAGGCCAAGGUCAACCGCAUCGAUGCGCUGCUGCAGAGCCUGGGCCGCCGCAGCCUUCUUGCUGCCCCCGUCUGGGAUGCGAAUGGCACCGAAGAGUAUCAGGACGGUCGAGUGCCGUCAAACAACUCGGUAUCCGCAAGCAACUCCCACGCUCAAACGUAUCCUCCUUCGGGAUUCUCAACGUCUCGGAGGGGCCCCUCAUCCAUCAGUGCCGCUAAUGACCUUCCCCCUCACGAUAUUGUCUACAACAUUGUCGAUCUCUACUUCAAACACUGCAACCCCUGGUGCCCUAUCCUGGACCGCAAAUCUAUAUUCGGCAUCUUUUUUGGCUCAACGUCUCUAAGCGAGCCUGAUCGAGUCCUUUUACAUGCCAUCGUCGCAACGACUUUGAGAUUCUUAAAAGACCCUCGGCUGUCUCCGGAAAUGAGGGCCCACCACCAUGCAGUAUCGAGGCAGAUUGUCCAGAUGUACGCCAUGGAAAAUGUCACCAUUACAGCUCUAAGAGCUCUAGUUAUCCUCAGUUUGGACGAGUUGGGCACCUCGAAUGGGCCCAAGGGAUGGAAUAUGCUCUCGCUUCUGGCGCAGAAUGUCAAACAGCUCGGACUGUGCGAAGAAAGCAGCGUCUACUUGACCGUUCAGGCUGACAAUGUGCCACACACGGGAUCAAUACGGCGAGUUGUUACUGGGCGCCCGGAGUCGUGGAUUGAGGACGAGGGGCGUCGACGGAUUUGCUGGAUGGUAUAUCUGCUCGACCGAUACGCAACAAUAGCGACGACGACUUUCGAUUUUAUGCUGGAGGAUAGAAAGAUGAACCGGGUUCUUCCGUGUUCGUAUGACUUGUUUUCCAGAGACGUUCCGGUGGAAACGCGUUCUUGGGUUUCGCCGUCUCAACAGUAUGGUACCACUGGGUAUGCGGUCAAUAAGCCAGAGAAUCUAGGGAGCUUCUCUUACCACUGCGAGAUUCUGAGGAUACUCAGCAAGGUUCAUAAUUUUCUAAAGACGCCCGUCGACAUAACAUCGUCGGCCGACGUAGCCAGCUGGCGAAAUACCUACCGAUCACUAGAUGGCGCGCUGGAUGGCUGGCUGAGGAGUUUACCAAGCGACUAUAGCAAGAUCUCGGCGCUGUGUCACUCUGAUCCUGGAAGCCGAGUAGCAAAUUGGUUCAUGUUGCACGGCGCAUAUGUCACAUCAGUGGUACGGCUGCAUUCCUCUGCUGCAUAUCCCACCGUCAGAUCACACCUCUUUGUGCCGUCGUACUACGCAAUGCAACGGUGUCUAUCUGCAGUCCAGAGCCUGGCGGAUAUUGCUCGAGACGUAUUUGAAGCAAGUGGUCUGGAUAACCUCGGUCCCCCUUUUGUAUUUGGUCUCUGGGUUGCUGCUCGGCUGUUGCUCGUACACGCAGCAUCCAUAGGCUGCCCUGUCGAUCCCAAGAUUGAGUUCUUCAUCGAGAUUUUAAGCCACAUUGGUCAAUACUGGGAGGUGGCCAACAAUUAUGCCAAGAUAUUAUCCAGAGCUGUCCAGAGAGGACGACAGGGAGAUAUGAACUUUACGGCUAUGCGCAGGAGCGCACAUGAUUUAGCAACCUUGACGUCGUCAACGAGACAAUCGGGCGCGGAACCUACAUCAACGCAGGUGACGUCGCUGAGCGAACUCGACAACAUUGACAUCUUUGACUUCUUCAACUAUCCGAAAUUACUAGAACCAAGGACGGGAAAUAGCCAAGCAUGGCAGACCCAGGGCGUUAAUGGACUGACGGGAGAGUCAAUGAGGAUGCCGGAUCCGGAGUCGGACUGGCUAGGGUACACUUCACAAUAUCAGUAA